AUAAAUCCGCCCCAGUCUGUAGGUGUUUAUUCAACACUGUAGGAUUUUCCUGUGCACUUGUGAAGAACUGAGUGCACUCAUAUUAGCUGUGUUGUAAUGACAAAGCCAAUACUAGUCCAUUAAUACACUAACUACACUCACACAUACUGCCUCCACCCAUCCGGACCACAGCGAGGCACCACGAGAGAGGAACGGGUCUUCAUCAAAUGAGGAGAAGACGAGGAUUACACACCGAACAAAAGUGCACUUAUCCCAAGGUUCAGGGUCAUGGUGGAUCCGGAGCCUAUCCCAGGAAAACUGGGUGUGAGGCGGGAAUACACCCUGGAUGGGACGCCAGUCCGUCACAAGGCACCAUGCACACACCUUCAAGCAUACAGUUCACACCUAGGGGCAAAUUAGACUUGUGUAUCAUGUACUGACUUGUUUUUGGAAGGUAGGAGGAAACCAGAGAACCCAGAAGAAACUCAUCAUGGACACAGGGAGGAAUAUCAGAAACUCCACACAGACAGGAUUGAUCCAUGGAGCUAUUGAUCCUUAUCUGAAAGAAAAAAGGCCUUUAUCCUGGAUCUUGAGGCUGAUCAGGUCAAGCUUGAUUAAGAGCCAUGAGGAAGUGUAGCCCUUGGACGUUUCUUCCUGUUAUGUUUUCAUUCUUCACAGCAGCAGGCUUAUGGGUUGUCUAUUUUAUAGCAGUGGAGGAUGACAAAAUCACACCACUAAGCUCUGAAUAUAAGAGAUCAGUUUCAAAGUCUCCUCCAUAUAUAAGCAUUGCAGGCGAUGCUCCACCUGCCAGCUGUGUUUUUAGUCAAGUCAUGAACAUGGCUGCUUUUGUGGGCUUCAUUCUCGGGGUCCUCAGAUACUUGCAACUGAAGCCAAGAGUGCGCAAACCCUGGCUCAACAUCAUCAGUUUGGUAGCUCUGUCCCUGGCCUGCUUUGGUAUGACCUUGGUUGGGAAUUUCCAGUUGUCAAAUGAUGAGGAGCUCCACAAUAUUGGCACAUCCAUGACCUUUGGCCUAGGCACAUUGUUUUGUUGGGUCCAGUCAUUCAUGACUCUAAAGGUCAACUUAAGGAACGAAGGUAGACGAGCUGGCAUACCCCGCUUCCUGUUGUCUGGAGCAGUCACUUUCUGCAUGCUGCUUUAUUUUGCUCUAAUGGCACAGCGUCUGCACAUGCAUGCUGCCCGGGCACAGUGGGCAUUGGUCAUGUUCUUCUUGGCAUUCCUGGGCACGUUUGCUAUCGAGUUCCGUCACUAUCACUUCGAGAUUGUGUGCAGCGAUGACCAGGAGCCUCCAAUGAGCCUGUCAGAGAGCUUCUCUGAGGUUUCAGAGUACCAAUCAGACCAGCUAUAGGACUCUUCCGCUUCUGUUUCUAUAGCAGAAUUACUACAAAUUCCAUCAUUUAUUAACUUCAAUAAUAAUGCAUGUCUGUUGAA